GUAAAAUCUAAAGGAGAAAGAAAAAGGACUAGUAUAGGAAUGGAGCUGGUCCUUGAUCCUCUCAUCUUGUUCCUGGAUAGGCCCACAACUGGCUUAGAUAGGAGAACAGCUAAUGAUGUCAUCAGACUCCUAAAAAGGAUUUCUGAGCAGGGACGCACGAUCAUCUUCUCCAUCCAUCUGCCUCGCUAUUCCAUCUUCCAGCUGUUUGACAGCCUCACCAUACCGGCCUCAGGAGAACUAAUGUAUCACGGUCCGGCCCAAAGGACUUUAGAGUACUUUGAGUCUGCAGGUUUUCCCUGUGAAUUCUACACUAAUCCUGCAGAAAUAUUCCUGGACUUCUUUCAUGGUGUAAUAAAGAGAGAGUCAGAAGAACAUGAAG